AUGUUGGGGAUCGACGGUUCUUUGCUUCGGCGGUUGAUUUGUCUUGGCCUCUGGUGGGUGUUGCUGCUCGGCGGAGGAGACACGGUGGUGGUUGUUACGGCGGAGGAGGAAAGGAAAGUGAGGCAUAGAGAGCUUAAUGAGACACCGACUUGGGCUGUUGCUGCUGUCUGCACUUUCUUCAUUGUUGUUUCUGUACUUCUGGAAAAAGUGCUUCACAAAGUUGGAAAGGUUUUAUGGGACCGGCACAAGAGAGCUCUUCUCGAUGCUUUGGAGAAGAUCAAAUCAGAGCUGAUGAUUCUUGGUUUCAUCUCUUUGCUUCUGACAUUUGGACAAAGCUACAUUUUGAGGAUUUGUAUCCCUGCAAAUGUUGCUCGUAGGAUGCUCCCGUGCCCUGAUCCCGCUCACUUUAAAAAGGAGGAAGAUGACAAAGGGGAAAAUCACAGAAAACUCUUGUGGUUUGAGCACAGAUUCCUAUCAGAAGAUGAUGCAUCUCCCACAAGAUGCAACGAGGGUUAUGAAGAGCUUAUCUCUGCCAAGGCACUUCACCAGUUGCACAUCCUCAUAUUCUUCUUAGCUGUUUUCCAUGUUGUUUACAGCUUCUUAACCAUGAUGCUUGGGAGAUUGAAGAUUCGCAGAUGGAAGCAUUGGGAGAAAGAGACAUCAUCCCAUAAUUACGAGUUUUCAACAGAUACUUCCAGAUUCAGGCUAACUCAUGAAACGUCUUUCGUAAGAGCGCACACCAGUUUCUGGACUCGAAUUCCAUUCUUUUUCUAUAUUGGAUGUUUCUUUAGACAGUUUUUCAGAUCCGUUGGGAAAACUGACUACUUGACAUUGCGAAAUGGAUUCAUUGCUGUUCAUCUAGCACCAGGAAGUCAAUUUAACUUCCAAAAAUACAUUCAAAGAUCUUUGGAGGACGAUUUCCAGCUGGUCGUCGGAGUCAGCCCGCUCCUGUGGGGAUCUUUUGUGCUAUUUCUCCUCCUAAAUGUUGAUGGCUUCAAGGCAUUGUACAUCGGCACUGCACUCCCGGUUAUUAUAAUUUUAGCUGUGGGGACAAAACUUCAAGCGAUUUUGACAAGGAUGGCUCUCGGGAUAACUGAUAAACACGCAGUAGUUCAAGGAAUGCCGCUUGUACAAGGGAACGAUGAGUAUUUCUGGUUCCGUCGUCCCCAGUUGAUUCUCCAUCUCAUGCAUUUCGCCUUGUUUCAGAACGCAUUUCAGAUCACAUAUUUCUUCUGGAUAUGGUAUUCCUUUGGGAAAGAUUCCUGCUACCAUCCUAACUUCAAGAUUGCCCUUGUAAAAGUAGCAAUCGCUGUGGGAGUCUUGUGCCUUUGCAGCUAUAUCACACUUCCUCUGUACGCACUUGUAACUCAGAUGGGUUCGCGGAUGAAGAAAUCAGUAUUCGAUGAGCAAACAUCAAAGGCUCUUAAGAAAUGGAGAAUGGCGGUGAAAAAGAAGAAAGGCGGCAAAGUUGGCACCACAAAGAGACUAGGUGGAGAUGGAAGUGUGAGCCCUACAGCAUCAACUGUUAGGUCUUCUUUGUCCAUACGGUCAUUGCAGCGUUAUAAAACCACAGGACAUUCGAUGAGAUACGAAGGACUUGACCCUGAAACAUCGGAUCUUGACACAGACAACGAAGCUUUGACUCCUCCCAUGUCUCCGAACAUCGAGCUUGUUGUGAAGGUUGAACAAGAUAAGCUAGAGACUAAGACCGGUGAGACUAGCCGUGAUGGUGAAACUGAUUCUAAAGAGUUCUCUUUUGUCAAGCCUGCGCCAAGUAAAGAACCAUCGCAAGACCGGUGA